AUUUCAUCCUCUACGACAAUAAUUCACCUCAACAUCGUCCUUGCUCGGAGGACAUGACUAAAAGGAAGCGUGAACACACCAUCAUCGCUCUCUCUUCCUCUUCUUCUAGUGAAGAUGAAGAAGAAUGUGAAGGUGAAGAGGACGACGUUGAUGAUGAUGAAAGAGUCAGCGGGGAUUCGAGUGAUUACUGCGAAGACGACGAGGAGAAUGAAUCGGAUGAUUUCGAUGAGGAAAAUGAUGACGACAUUGACGACAACGACGGCACGAACGAGGAGGUUCUCUGCAAAAGAGUCGUGUGUCUUCUCAAAGAGGGGAAGGAUUUAGCAGCUUUAAGUCUAAAAGAGUGCAAAGCUUAUCUACGAAAGCAUGGCCUCAGGCUAGCUGGAACCAAGAUGGUUUGUAUACAGAGAAUUAAAGAGCAUUGGAGGAUAAAGGAUGGAAACGGUGAAUUACUUUAUCCAAGAUCAUCAUUUGUCAUGAAUUGUACUGGUGAUGUCUGUAAUGGAGACGUAGUUCUGUUCACCCAGAAAGUUUAUGAGAGGUUUGAUAAAGUGACAAGACAAGGCAAUCUUCUAGGGAAGAGAACUGUAGCAGGAAGGGUGGUAAAGGAAAGCUAUGGUUCAGCCAAACAACAACAUACAUUUACAGUUGAAGUUCUGUGGAGCAAGGGGAUUAAGAAAUUGCCUCCACUUUUUCCUUUGCUUGUGAAAGGCCGUAAUCUCUAUAAAUUAAAAACGUUCAGACAGCGUUGGAAUGAUGAAGUAGAAAGAAUUGAAGUCCUUGCUGAGAAGCACAGACGAGGUAGAGCUGCGAGACUUGUGAGAGCAAUGAAGAAAUCGAAGAAAAAAUUGUCUGCAAUUGGAUUUUUGAAUGGAGGUGUUAAGCAUCAGAAAUGUUCCUAUAAUGCAAGACCAUCUCAAACAAGAAAGACAGCUGAACCAGGAAAACAGAAGUGUGUUUAUCACCACAAAAAAGACACGUUGCAACAAUAUGCAAAAGCUAAUAAUCAUCAUCGAGAGGUCCCACAAUCUAGACAGCUGAACUUGAAUAGAAACAAUGUUGACUCUGAAGCCACUUGUUGGCAUCUGAAAAGUGGGCGCCUCAACGCGGACAUGGACCCAAUGCCUCAUUCACAUGCUUACAUCCAUCAAAAUCCUUGCUCAUCACACAUAGAAUUUCAUUACCAGAAUGUCCCAUAUCGCUUUUCCGGUUAUGAUAUGAGCUCCAGUUCAACUAUGAUGAAGUUGCCUCCUCUGAGGCGUUACACUGAUACAGUUGUGAUGCCUGCUUUGCAACAUCAGAGGAUUAACCAUAGGAAUGAUACCAUCCAUGACUAUUCAAAUCCUAGCUACAACUUCGGAAGUAGAAAUUUGAACCAUUUUUGAUCUGAUUGGCCAUUUCACCAAUUUUCACAUAGAAUGGAGAUGUACGGACAGAACACGAAAAGAUUUUCAAUGAUUUCAUCAUUGAGACAGAGAAAAGCUGAAGUAUUCCCUAUCUUCAAAUGAAGAUGCAAACAAAAGGUGAAGAUGCCUUGUAGUAGUUUCCUACAGUGAUUUGCUGAAAUAUGUUUUAAAGGGGACGUUUCAAUUGGUUGAAGGAAUACAUGAUGCUGGAGACUACCAAACUGGAGUUAAUUUGACAAUAACAUGGUAAAUAGAUGGCCUUGAGUUUGCAGUUGAUGAUAUUUGUCAUCCACAGGCCAAAAUCAAACGGUACAUAUUCUUUUCACUGUUUUUCUUCUGUAGCUGUGCUCCUUUUACACCAACCUUGAGAGCUUAUCUACAAGGUCGCUUUUAUUUUGCAUCCAGGAGGUCUUCUGUCCUGUUGUUUCAUAUGUACCAUAAGUAUAACUUUUACGAGCUUUCACUUCUGACAUUAAAAACUAAAAAGUCGGUGCAUUGAUGUCAUAUAUCCAUUUCCUAUUUGUAAAAGCAUUUAGUUCUGUUGAUUUUUUCGAUGAGAUAAAAAGACAAAUUUUCCAGGAAAA